AAAACGGAAAGAGAGGUCCAUCAGACGGAUGACGUGUUACAGCGGGUCCCUGGGUCUUCCGGGUCGGUGUAAACAGUGUGCGGGUAUCUCAUACAAACAAGUAAAAUGUCGAAAGUAACCUUUAAAAUCACGCUGACGUCGGACCCGCGGUUACCGUAUAAAGUAUUAAGUGUUCCUGAGAGCACACCGUUCACAGCGGUUUUGAAAUUUGCAGCAGAAGAGUUUAAAGUGCCUGCAGCUACCAGUGCCAUCAUUACAAAUGAUGGCAUUGGAAUCAAUCCGGCGCAGACAGCAGGAAAUGUGUUUCUGAAACACGGCUCAGAACUACGAAUCAUUCCAAGAGAUCGGGUUGGAGGAGGUCGCCGGGCCAGGAUGUGACAAUCCAGUAGUUUUCUGUCACAGACGAUGAACAUACUUGUGUAUUUAUUGUCCGGCCUUGAGGUCUCAGCUCUUAGCUGCUCUAAACAAGCAGUGCUGCGGCUUCAGAUCAGUCAGAGGACCUCACAAAUCUCACCAAGCUGCCACCACAAACACCCUUCUUGAAGACACACUGGCAGAGUAUUGUUGAUGUGUUGAGCCCCAUAAUUACUAGGUAUUUUGAUCUGUCAACAAAUGUUUAGUAGGAUCACAUACUUUAAUGCACAUUUUUACAGGCAAUGCAUAAUGACCUUUACCAGACAACAACAACAUACUUGUCAAAUGUCUUCUGCAUGAAUACAAUAAAUUGGAUGUGCAUUAAUGACACUGCAACAAUCUAAUAAAAUAAUAAUAAUAAAAAUAGAAUCAAAUCGUAACAUAAAACUAUAAAAACUAAGUGAAAAUUUAAAGACGCUUAAUGUGUUCUUAAUGCAAAUUUUAUAAAGUCAAUUCAAUGUCUUAAGUACAAUGUCUGUUUUAAUGUUUAAAAAAUACAAUUCCCGUUGUCCAUUUUUAGAUUAGGCAAUUGAAUAGAAAGCAACGUAUUUUGGCUUGAAGUUUUUGCUUUUCUUUGAUGUUGGGUCUAGUCAUUUUGUUUUGAUCUAGGUACACAAACAAUAACUCGCUGGAUGAACCCCACUGCAUGAACUGGAUGAGGGCAGGAUUUCCAUCCAAUAAAUUUAUUUAGCACAGACUAAAAAUAUAUAUAUAUAUAUUUACACAAUUAAAUGCAAUUGAGUUGGUCCAAUAUGACUUAUCAAAUAAAAGUUUAAAUACAUUUGUAUUUUUAUUUAUCUUAAACUCAAACGUCUGAUAAUGUCAUGUACAGUUGAAGUCAGAAUUAUUAAACCCCCUUUGAAUUUAAUUUAAUUUUUUUCAUUUUUAAAUAUUUUCUAAAUUAUGUUUAACAGAGCAAGGAAAUUUUCUGAUAAUAUUUUUGCUUCUGGAGAAAGUUUUAUUUGUUUUAUUUCAGCUAGAAUAAAAGCAGUUUUAUAUAAAAAAAAAAUGUUAAGGUCAAAAUUAUUUAGCUUUUUUUUUCUCGAUAGUCUACACAACCAUCAGUAUACAAUAACUUGCCUAAUUACCCUAACCUGCCUAAUUAACCUAGUUCAGCCUUUAAAUGUGACUAAGCUGUAUAGAAGUGUCUUGAAAAAUAUCUAGUAAAAUAUUAUUUACUGUCAUCAUGACAAAGAAAAUAAAUCACAUAUUAGAAAGGAGUUAAUAAUACUAUUAUAUUUAAAAAUGUUGAAAAAAAAUCUAUCUUCUAAACAGAAAUUGGGGAUAAACGGGGCUAAUAAAUCAGGCGGACUAAUAAUUUACUCUUUAACUGUAUGUCUAAUAUGUGUCAUACAUUUCAAAGUUGCUUAGUUUUAUUUAAAGUUAUCCUAAAUGAACUAAAAGAGCCAUUUUUAAGCAUAUUUCAUGAGUUACAUAUACAAUUGAUUGAGACUAAUCUCAGAACAAAUUUUAGAACAGUUAUUGCUCACUGAGCAAGGGAAUAAACUGCAUUUUUGCUAAUUAAGCUGCCAACACCUAAAGCAUGGGUGCUUCUGCAAGGUGGUAAUCUCAAAACUCUAAGCAUUACAUGAGAAUCCUCUGAAGCUUCAAACUAAAGUGAAGAUUAAACUCUAACAAGCCUUUCUAUUAACUUGAAACAUCUAAGAUUACUUUUAUUGUCAGCAUUUCCAUUUCCUAAUUUAAUCCCACGCAAAGCAUGUUGGGAACUACACCAGGUAGUUGGACCAACACGAAACGCUUAAGUUAACUUACAAAUUUAAGUUGACAGAACAUAACACAAUUAACUGGCCAAAGAAAUUACAAAAAUUGUUUUGUUUCAGCUCAUUUUAAACGGGUAGUUUGAACAAGCAGCAGUACUCAUUGUUUUGAUUGUAUUGCAGUUAUUGUUUCAGGCAGAUAGACUGAAAAAGAUUAUUCAUUAGAUUUACAAUUUUUUUAAGUUAAGUUGUUGCAAACAACUAUAUGGGCUGAAUUUAAACAAAUUAAAUUUUGUAAUGUUCAACUUUUGUUUGUUUAAAUUCAGCCCAUAUGAAAUGUUUGCCACCACUUACCUUACAAAAAUUUAGUAAAUCCAAUGAAUAUUUUUUUUCAGUGCAUUAACAUCAUCAGUGUAAUGAAACCCCUAUACAAAGUAUGGUUACUUUAGCUCUAAAACAUAACAAAUUUAGCAUUUCAUAACGUACAUCAUAAAAUAUGUACACACAAGAACUCUUCCCAUAGUUCUUAAAAAUAGUGUUACAUAAACCAAUUUGACAUCCAAUUUCUUAAAAGUUGCUUUCUGCCGACUCAAGUUAGUGGUUGUGCCUUUUCAUUAAGGCUUAAAAUCAUGACUUACUGCAAGACCUGAAUAGUGCAUCAGGCUAAUGAAUGGCAGGCCUCUACCUUUGCUUUUUGCACCCUCCACUUUCCCUCCUUCCCUUACAUUACAGAGAGGCAGAGGCGAAGGAGGAGGAGUGUCUGACUAUUCAGUGUCAUAAUGGAUCUUUCAUUUGUUUUAAUAAAAGAGCAGGCAUGCUGUGCCCUUUCCGUGCCACUCAUUACUGGGGAAAGGGGAGAAGUGCAUUAUAAAUACAGCAAGGCCUACAUUAUUCAAACGCAGACAUGUUACUGUGGAUCACAUUUGAAAAGGCAUCACUUGCCUCUAGCCUCAUUUGGCAGGAAAUGAUGCGGUUUGUUCAUUAGCUGGGAAAGACUUGUGCUCUUAUAGAAAUGAAUGGUUUUGUCUGUUUGAGGAAUGUCAAAUUGAAAAGUCAAAAAAGUUACAAAUAUACUUAUGAGUGUUCAUGUCAAAAACAUUAAAAAAAGCAUUGAAUACUAAA